UUGAUUUUCACCUUCAAUGCUUUAAACCGCGAAGUCCAACCAACAGGCUCCAUGAAUGAUCCUAAUAUACCCAGCAAGACGAUAAAGGGUUCAGAAUCAAAAUCAGAUGAAAAGGUGUUGAACGUGAACCAUCACUCUUUGCGGGAAGCUAUUAUGAGCCAAGUAGGACAAGAAGUGGUGAAAGUCGCAGCCAAAAGCCUAUCAGCCAGAACGGUCAAAUAUGUUCAUUUCACCUAUGGCGAUCCGAAGGCCUACCAAGGUCCAAUUGUGGAUGGUUGGCCCCCUGGGAAAGAGAGGAACCUUCCCAGAUACCUGAACGGUAAGGAGCGUCCAUUUUUGAUCCAACCAAAUGAAGGACGGAAUGUAUCAGGAGACGUUUUAUUCAUGAUACACUCAUCACCUGAGAAAAUGUCCAUGAGAGAUGGGGUGAGGAAGACUUGGUUCUUCUAUCAAAGCUUUUGGAAAACAAGGAUGACGGCCUUAUUCAUUGUGGGCCUUCACAAAGAUCCUAGUAUAAAUCAACGGGUUCGGGAUGAAGCGGAAACCUAUGGGGAUAUUGUUCAAGCUAACUUCGAUGAUCACUACAACAACCUCACCAUCAAAUCCCUGUUUUGUUUCAAGUAUGCGAUUGAAACUAAAUGGAUUAAACCGCCAGAAUUCCUGUUCAAAGUGGACGACGACUCAUUUGUGAAUGUGGCCCAUUUAGAGGAACUAUUGAACAAGUUGGGUAGCAAUCCCAAGAAGCUGCUCAUUGGCCAUUUGUUACCUAACAAUCCCUUGCCCAAAUUGGUGCUACCUGCCGAAAAGGAUAAUAACUUUACCAAAAAAUGGGUGUCACCUUCCUACAUGUUCAAUGGGCCCGUUUAUCCACCUUUUGUCAGUGGAUCGGGUUACUUCAUGAGUAUGGAUGCCGUGCAUUGUAUUUACAAUGAGGUUUUGAAGCUCCCCUUCUUUCACCUGGAGGAUGUGCUCAUUACCGGAUUUGGCGCCCAGAACUGCAAUAUCACCCUCACGGACUCGAACCAAUUCUUCGCUGGCCCUCCGUUGGUGUCCGACAUCGUGUCGGACGACAUCAUGGUCCACUACACCAACAGCUACACAAAGAACAUCCUGCUCAAAAUGGCUUUGUUCGACUUCUUGCAAGCCAAGUACAAUGCGCUCAUUGCCCAACUUGGGUCUAAAACUGACGAGAAACCAUGGAAUUUGCCAUCAAACUACUACUUCAACACAACGAUGUUUCAAGAAGAAUAUGUUGGACGGAUACCUAAAGCUGAACUCGAAGCCAAAAAGAAAACUUGACUGUCAUGUCAUUUAGAACAACUUGAAAUAGUGUCAAAAAUGCCAAUACACUUGGUUACAAAUUGGAUAUGAAAG